AUGGACUCCUCCCGCCGCCUUCGUUUCGAUGCAGAGGGGCGCCCGAUAGAGUUCGGCACCUGGCUCCGCCAGACUCAGCGCUAUCUCACCAGUCAGCGCCAGGACGGCGCCACCCUGUACGCCCACGCGUCCGGCGCCCUCCAGGCACCACCGCGUCCCGAGCCCCUCCCUGCCGUGCCCCCCCCGACUCCGGAGGCACAGGCGGACUACGCUCGUCUCGUCUUGGCGCGGGACGUUUGGGACUCCCGUGAUGCUGCGGCUGCACUCGCGCUGACCGAGCUCCUUCCACCGACUGAGGCCGCUCACUUCGACCUGGUAGAGACUGCGAAGGAGGUGUAUGAUGCUAUUUCUGCACGCUAUUCCACCCCUUCCUCUGCCUCCCUCAGCCGCAUCCUCAUGCCGUUCGUGUUUCCCGACCUCGGCUCUUUUGCGACUGUCUCUGACCUAGCCACACACUUGCGCUCCCUUGUCGCUAGCUACCGAGCAGCUUGCACUGAGGCUCAGCUUCUUGUUGCUCCUCCUCCUAUUUGGCUCACAGUCCACUGGGUAGUCACUCGUCUCCCUGACCGCCUCUCCACUGCCCGUGACGCACUUCUCCAGCAUCACCCCAGUGAGCUUACGAUUGAUCUUCUCGAGACCACUCUCGGGAAGAUCGAGAGUAACCUCCUCUCUGUUGCCUCAGCCACUGACGCAGUUGCCCCUCGUUUGUUUGAGGGGUGUGCUGUCCCCCAGCUUCCUACCUUCACUGCUACACGUGCCUCUGCUGCUGUGUCGGUUUCUGAGGACACUGCAGCUGUUUCUGCCGCUGACAGGCAGAAACGGGGCAAGGGGGGCAAGAAAGGGGGGAAGGGGGGUGGCGGCGGUGGAGGAGGUGGCGGUGGUGGAGGCGGCCCUGGGGGCGGCAGUGGUGGCGGUGUUGCCCCAGGCGGAGGGAGCUCUGGAGGAGGUGCUGACCCACCUGCUGGAGGAGGUUCGACCAGCGGUGGUGCGGGGCCCCAGCAGCAGCAGCCACAGCAGAGACAGCAGCUGCACCAGGGACAGCAGCAGUGGCAGGCACCACAGCAGUUUCAGACGUGGGGACCCCCACUGCAGUGGGGUCCGCAGCAGCACUGGGGCCCUCCGCCACAGUGGGGACCUGGAGGACCCGGGAGCACUGGCCGCAGCAGCAGCACUACCAGCUGGGCCCCUCGCCCCCCGCGGCGCGACACCGGCCCCUGCGACCACUGGUGCGUCACCGGACCUGGCAGUCCCUGUGUCUGCGGCCGCGAUGACCACUCUGCAGCGCGGUGCUUCCGCCGCCUCGACGACCUCUACCGUGCACGCUGGGGUCCUGAGGCGACCACCCCGCGCUGGGCUCGCCUGCUAGCCCGUAAGAUUCCUGUAUUUGAACUGUCUAUGGACGAUGCUCGUCAGUAUGCUUUGUAUGCUGAUGUUGACUAUAGUGCUGAUGGAUUUGUGUGCUCGCGUGUUCGUAGUCUAGGAUGCUUGCCUCCUGUUAGUGUAGACCUGUGCCUCUCUAGUCUAGGUGCUUGUGUUUCUGCUCUAGGUGCUUGUGUAGCCUCCGGACCUGACACGCCUCCGGCUGAGGCGUCUCUGUCGUUCACGCUGGACUCUGGCGCGUCGCAGUGUUUCUUCCGCGACCACACGACCCUCACACCACUUCUUGCUCCGGUUCCGGUAGCUUUGGCUGAUCCUUCUUCAGGACCAGCCGUUGCGCGCAGCUCCACCACCCUCCCGUGCCCUGUGGUCCCCUCUGGUGUCUUGCGCGGCCUCCACAUCCCCUCGUUCACUCGGAACUUGGUGGGUGUUGGAUACCUCCAGGACAGGGGGAUCACCGUUACCUUUGUGGGGGGGGGGCGGACUGCAGUCUGUACUGACGCUACCACAGGUGCUGUUCUGGCCACGUUCACCAGGGAGCCCCGCUCCGGUCUCUACGUUCUCCACACCGAGCGCUCCCCGGUCGCGUCCUCCCCUCAGGUUGUUGCGUCCCCUCCGGCUCAGGUCCCCAGUCCAGUUGCUGUGUCUAGCCAGGUAGUCGUGUCCAGUCCGGUCGCUGUGUCCAGUCCAGUCGCUGCGUCUUGCUCCUGUCGCUCUCUCGCCCACCGCACCGUCCUGUGGCACCACCGUCUUGGCCACCCGUCGAUCCCUCGCCUUCGUGGCAUGCUCAGUCAGGGACUAGUCACAGGUCUCCCACGCACCUUCCCGUCGCUCCCUCUCUCGCUUGCCCCUCCUUGCUCUCCGUGCGUCGCCGGUCGCUUACGCGCCACUCCCCACUCCUCCUCCCUUCGUCCGGCCACCGCUCCCUUCGAGACUCUCCACUUGGACGUCUGGGGCCCUGCCCCGACGCAGGGGUCUGGGAGGGAGCGUUACUUUCUGGUGGUCGUCGACGACUUCUCCAGGUACACCACAGUGUUCCCUCUUGCGAAGAAGUCCGAGGUGACUGCUACGCUGAUCAGGUGGCUUCUAGCCACUGAGGGCACUCGUGGUCGUCGAGUCAGUUGUCUUCACUCCGACCGUGGGGGCGAGUUUCGCUCCGGCAUUCUCGGCGGAUUCUGCGGCGAACAGGGCAUCACCCAGUCCUGGACGCUGCCAGAGUCCCCACAGCAGAAUGGGGUUGCUGAGCGCCGCAUAGGCUUGGUCAUGGACAUCGCCCGCACGUCCAUGAUUCAUGCCCGUGCGCCCCAUUUUCUGUGGCCCCACGCGGUUCGCUACGCCGCACACCAGCUGAACCUCCAGCCGCGUGUCUCGCGGCCCGAGGCUUCACCGACCAGUCUUUGGACUGGAUCCCCUGGUGUUGGGUCGGCCUUUCGAGUCUGGGGCUGCCUUGCACUUGUUCGCGACACCUUCGCGGACAAGCUCUCGGCACGCGCCGUCCCAUGUGUCUUCCUUGGUUUCCCAGUGGACUCUGCUGACUGGUCCUUUUACCACCCUCCCCUCCACCAGUUCCUAGACUCCCGUGACGUCCGGUUUGACGAGUCCGUGUCCUACUACACCCGGUACCCCUGUCGAGGUCUCCCGGUACCCCCUCCCCCUCUCUUCCUCGCACCCUCUCCUCCUCCUGCUCCCGCUCCUCCGGUACCCCCGCCCCCCCCAGGUCCUGCCCCGUCUGGUGUGUCCCACGCUACCCCUCUACCCUCGGUCGCGCGUCAGGUAGCGUCUCCCUCCCCGCAGUCCUCCUCACAGUCCCCUCAGCAGCCUUCGGCACUUCCGCGACAGGUUACUUUGGACUCGGUUGGUGCUGGCGCUGGAGGUGCAGCCGCUGGCGGUGCUCGGUCUGGGGGUGCUCGGUCGCGGGGUACUGGAGCUGGAGGUGCUGGCGCACGUGACGCUAGCUCUGGGGGUGCUGGAGCUGGAGGUGCUGGCGCAGGUGGCGCUAGCUCUGGGGGUGCUGGAGCAGGAGGUGCCGGCACUGGAGGUGCUGGUUCUGGGGGUGCUGGAGUUGGGGGUGCUGGCACUGGCGGUGCUAGUUCUGGGGGUGCUGGAGUUGGAGGUCCUGGCACUGGCGGUGCUGGUUCUGGGGGUGCUGAGUCUGAGGGGACUGACGCUGGAGACCCUGGUUCUGCGGAGUCCACUCCGCCUCCCCACCGCCACGACACGCGUCUCCAGGCUGCCCGUCGGCGUGAGCGUGAGGAGCAGGAGCGGUUGGAGAGGGAGCGGCAGGAGCUGCGGGUGCUGGACCUUCUGGAGCAGCAGCGGCAGCAGCAGCAGCAGCAGCAGCAGCAGCAGCAGCCGCAGCCGCCGCCGCAGCCGCAGCAGCAGCAGCAGCCGCAGCCGCAGCAGCAGCGGCUGCAACCGCCACCGCAGCUUCCUCUGGAGCGGCGCCCUCCCCACUCCUAUCUCUGA